AUGCCAAGAUGUCCUAGUUUCCCCUUAUCUCAGUGGACCCUCUUACUCAAAGGGAGAGCCCCCAAUCUUGAGAAGGUCCUCUCAGGUCACUAUUCCACCACCAUUGAUCCCAAACAAUCUCAACCCCUUGGUAAAGGGUUUGAAAUCACCUUAUCCCAACCUACCACUACCCAUAAAGUCAAAACUUACGGAGACUGGAGUAUUGCUACGGACCUCUGGACUGAAGUGCUUACAUUCAUCAUGCCUUGGAAAGAGUCGGAGUUAUGA